AUUCAUUAAGGACCCAAAACAAUACAGCACUGGGUAGCUAGACAGCUAAAUAUUCUUCAAAACGACCGGUAUUUAUAUAUUAUAUAGGUACGUUGUAGCUAUCCUCAACAGCCUCUUCGUUGAGUUUAAGACUGCAUGGGUUUAGAGUCUAUGCCAGGAAGAACUGGUGCAAAUCAGCAGUAUACACAGAUCCUUCAUUUAAAGAUGAACAGCCUUUCACCAGAACUGGCUCUGAGCCGAAUCUCUCCUGAACUGAGGCCUUUACUUUGCACCGUCGUACGCAAUGGUCGUGUUGGUUUAGAUUCCACUAACUGCCUGCGCAUCACUGACCUUAAAUCUGGUUGCACAUCUCUGACACCUGCGCCCUGCUGUGACAGAUUUAAACUGCACAUCCCAUAUGCUGGAGAGACCCUCAAAUGGGACAUCAUCUUUAAUGCCAAAGACCCCGAGCUGCCUCCUGACUUCAUUUUCGGAGAGGAUGUUGAAUUCUUGCCAGAGCCGUCUGAAUUGCCACACUUGGUGGAAUGGGACGCUGGCAAUCCGGAAUGCUUGUUGCAGCUGGUAAAGGAACUCCUUCAGCAGUACCAUCAGUACCAGUGUCAGCGGCUAAAGGACAGCUCUCGUCUACUGUUCGAGUACGACAGUCUGCUCGAGGACCCCGAUUAUGGUCGCAGCAUGGAGAUCUAUGCUGGACGCAAGAACAGCUGGACUGGUGAGUUUUCUGCUCGCUUUCUGCUCAAACUCCCAGUGGACUUCAGCAACAUUCCCAUCUAUCUCCUCAAGGACACUGCUCUGGACCCCGGAGAAGACGUGGCUCUCCUGUCUGUUAGUUUUGAAGAUGCUGAGGCUACUCAGGUCUUCCCCAAACUCUUCUUAUCACCCAGCAUAGAACAUGCUCUUGGAGGACCUUCAGCCCUGCAUAUUCCCGCCUUUCCGAGUGGAGGCUGCCUCAUCGAUUAUGUGCCUCAAGUGUGCCAGUUGCUCACAAAUAAGGUGCAGUAUGUUAUUCAAGGCUAUCACAAGAGGAGGGAGUACAUCGCUGCAUUCCUUAGCCAUUUUGGAAUGGGGGUAGUCGAGUAUGAUGCUGUGGGCUUUACCAAACUCACUCUCCUGCUCAUGUGGAAGGACUUCUGCUUCUUGGUACAUGUGGACUUGCCGCUGUAUUUCCCCCGUGACCAGCCCACUCUGACCUUCCAGUCCAUCUACCACUUCAGCAGCAGUGGGCAGCUUUACUCACAGGUGCAGAAGUCAUACCCUUACAGUCCACGCUGGGACGGCAACGAAAUGGCCAAGAGAGCCAAGGCUUACUUCAAGAGUUUUAUCCCUCAGUUCCAGGAGGGAGCGUUUGCCAACGGAAAGCUGUAAACUGAAGAGGUGGAAAUCACUGCACAUGUGAAGAGAAAUCGCUGGUAAUAUCUGAGCUGAAGAAAUGCCCUGAACUGAUGUGUAGCUCACAACAGGCAUGCAGUUCUUCAUGUUGGCACACGCAAAACAAAUGCCGCCAUGGACAUUCUGCAAAAUAUUUACACUUCUGCACUGAAGAACAUCUAAAUGGAACUUUAUGAUAAACAGUUUUGUUCAAGUCAUUAAUGUGCUAUUGACUUCAUUUGUGGGAUGUUCAGUAUAUAAGAUUUGGUUUAUAGGGCAUCACUUUUUUUAUUUUUGCACCAGAUUUCUUUUUUCUUCGUCCUGCGUCACACAUCCAAACAUUUUACUGCAAGAAAUGUCCAAUUUACUAAACAAAUGCUCUGUAAAACAUCACAUUUGGCGGUCAAGUUGCUGCAUUACUGUGGCUGCACUCCAGUCAAAAGUAAUCAACCCUAUAAAGGGCACUUUGAAGCCAUUUGUAGGGUUGUUUCAUUCGGAAGUAAAAAAAAAAACGCACUGGUAAUUUUUAAAGUAAACUAUGUAAAGUGAUGUACAGUCUUUCUACUCCUGUUGUUUUUUGGUUAUUUACUCUGCAUGUAAUAGUGGGAGCACCAGUCUUCACUUUAAAAUGCAGUCAACAUUACACCACUAAAAUUAUAUUAAUAAUAUUACCUUUAUAUUACCUUUUUUCAGCACCCAUUAGAACGAGGAGGUGUAACCUUCCUGAGGAGUUACUGUACAUGUUUACUACAUUGUACUACCCUCCUGACCCCUUUUAGUACUAAUUAUCCAUGCAUUCCCCAGUCUUUGCCACUGUAUAUUCUUUUUAUUUUUAUAUUCUGCAAAUAUUCUACUCCUGCGUAAUACACACAAUAAAGCCGUAAAUCAGGA